AUGAUGAGUCUAAGUGGAAGUAGUGGGAGAACAAUAGAGAGGCCUCCAUUUACACAAACACAAUGGCAAGAAUUGGAGCAUCAAGCCCUAAUUUACAAGUACAUGGUCUCUGGUGUUCCUGUCCCACCUGAGCUCAUCUUCUCCAUUAGAAGAAGCUUGGACACUUCCUUGGUCUCUAGACUCCUCCCUCACCAAUCCCUUGGGUGGGGAUGUUACCAGAUGGGAUUUGGAAGAAAACCAGAUCCAGAGCCAGGGAGGUGCAGAAGAACAGAUGGCAAGAAAUGGAGAUGCUCAAGAGAAGCAUACCCGGAUUCAAAGUACUGUGAGAAACACAUGCACAGAGGAAGAAACCGUGCCAGAAAAUCUGUUGAUCAGAACCAGACAACUCCUACACUAACAUCACCAUCUCUCUCUUUCCCCAACAACAACAACUCAAGCCCCACCUUGUCUUCUUCUUCCUCUACUUAUUCUGCUUCUUCUUCCUCUCCUUCAGUGGAUGCUUACGGUAACACCAGUAGGUUUGGUGUUGGUAGCAGUACCAGUAGAGGUUACUUCAACAACCAUUCUCUUGAUUAUCCUUAUCCUUCUACAUCCCCUAAACAACAACAACAACAACAACAACAACCUCUGCAUCAUGCUUCUGCUUUGUCACUCCAUCAAAACACUUCUACUUCUCAGUUCAAUGUCUUUGCCUCUCCAACUGACAACAAAGACUUCAGAUAUUUUCAAGGGAUUGGGGAGAGAAUUGGAGUUGGGGAGAGAACGUUCUUUCCGGAAGCUUCUAGAAGCUUUCAAGAUUCUCCAUACCAUCACCAACAACCUUUGGCAACAGUUAUGAAUGAUCCGUACCACCACUGUAGUACCACUGAUCACAAGGUUGAUCAACAUCAUCACACAUACUCAUCCUCGUCAUCAUCUCAACAUCAUCAUGAUCAGGAUCAUCAUAGUCGACAACAGCAGCAACAACAAUGUUUCGUUUUGGGAGCCGACAUGUUUAACAAACCCACAAGAACUGUCCUGGCAAACACGUCAUCAAGACAAGAUCGAAACCAAGAAGAUCAGGAGGAGAAAGAUUCAUCGGAAUCGAAGAAGUCUCUUCAUCAUUUCUUUGGUGAGGACUGGGCACAGAACAAGAACAGUUCCGAUUCUUGGCUUGACCUUUCUUCCCACUCAAGACUUGACACAGGUAGCUGA